AUGUUCAAGGACAAGCUUACCGAUGACCUCUCGGAUCGGAAACCUAACCUCGGGACGUUGUUCGCGCGAGAUCUGACGGAGAAAUCGGUCGCCGGAGGGGGAGAAUCGGGAAGCUCGCCCAACGGCGUCGUCGUGCAUCGGCCGGGAGAGGAGCUGGAACUCAUCGAGCCAAAUGGGUCUUUAGAUUUGGGGGAGAAGGGAAGUUGCGGCGGUUAUGAUUCUGCCGAGAGGAUUGCCGCGGCGGAGAAAUGGUCCGAUCUUGAGCACGAGCUUUCCCAGGAGGAGAUAAAUUUGGAGAAAUUGAGGAGGUUUGCUUUCACAGGGCUUCCUAAUGGAGGUGGAAUUAGGGCUACAGCUUGGAAGCUACUCUUGGAUUACUUGCCUCGGUCUCAAGACUUGUGGGACAAAGAGCUUUCGGGGAACAGAGAGAAGUAUGCCAAGUUAAAAGAGGAGUUGCUUCUGACUCCUUCGGAGCUUUGGAGAGAGAAAGACGAGACUCUGAAUGAUGAAGCUGAUGUCGCUGGACAGCUUCAGCGGCAUAGAAUUGAAGAUCACCCACUUAAUGAUGUCAAGGCUAGUGUUUGGCAUCAAUACUUCCAGCAUGGAGAGAUUGCUGAACAGAUCGAUCGAGAUGUGGAUAGAACUCAUCCUGACUUGAACUUCUUCUCAGGAGAUUCAUCAUUCAGUAGGAAGAACAGGGGAGCAAUGAGGGACAUUCUUCUGCUGUUCGCAAAAGUGAACCCAGCUAUUGGUUAUGUGCAAGGCAUGAACGAGGUUUUGGCGCCCAUUUUCUAUGUUUUUAGUACCACCUAUGAUGAGCAAGAUCUGGCAAAUGUAGAAGCAGACAGUUUUUACUGCUUUGUAAGGUUGAUGAGUGAUUCAAUCGAUCACUUCUGUAAACACAUGGACAAUAGCCCUGUUGGCAUCCUCUCUACACUAUCCAGGUUAAUGGAGUUGUUGAAAGCUAACGACGAGGAGUUGUGGUGCCAUCUUGUAUACACAAGCAAGGUGAAUCCUCAGUUUUAUGCAUUCAGGUGGAUAACUCUGCUACUGACUCAAGAAUUCAAGUUCCAGUCCAUAUUGAGGAUUUGGGACUCUCUUCUGAGUAGUCCAUUUGGGAUCCAGGAUAUGCUGCUGAGGAUUUGUUGUGCAAUGUUAGUUAGCCUGAGGAGUAAGCUUCUGGGUGGGGAUUUUGCAGCCAACCUGAAGUUGUUGCAGCAUCUCCCUGAUGAGAUCGACAUAGAAUACCUCCUCCGAGUAGCUCGCGAUAUCGGUCCAGAUGGUUCAGCUCUGCAUUUUGAUAUGUAA